ACAGUCAGAAAACGGUGACAGGAAGAGGAAGACGGACGCCCUUCAGCAGCCGCGGACGUGCGCGCACCGCUGGAGGCAGUCAAGCUGCAGACCGGAGCUUUGGCACAACUCUGGCUGCUGUUAGCGGCGGAGAGUAGAGAGAAACGGGAGCUGGGUGGGCAUGACAUGUGAGCCAAGUCUGCACAGAUACACCACAUAGCCAAAGUAUGUCUGCGGAGGGGCGGGUCGAUGCUCCGAGGGACUUGACUCAGGUGAAUGAGAACACAGCUGCAGAUUUCUCCUGUAUUUGGCUUUUUUGUUUAAUUUUCCCAUCUCAUCGCUGAGAGGAGACCGAUGAGGCAGCUGUAGACCUCCCCGUGCCCCGCUUCACCCUGAUUCAGCCUGGCAAGCGUCAAGGUGCAGCAGCCAGGAGAGAGGGGACAGAGGAAGAGCCGAUGUUCAAUUAACUAUCCGACGAAACGGUGUCGCGGAGAAUAACGUGACAGCAUUGCUGAGUGGCCGCAGACUGACAGAAACACAAGGGAGAGGACACUAUGUCAAAGGAGACGAGAGUAAAAGGUUCGUCAAGAAAACACAGCGCCACUCAUUGGUGCCUGCAGAAUAUUGCACAAGAAUCAGUCGACAGCUCCGAUGAGGAGUUCUUUGACGCCAGAGCAGAUGUUAUGGAAGGGAAGAGCGCCAUUCUGCUGGGGAUGAGUCAGUGGAACUCAAAUGACCUGGUGGAGCAGAUCGAAACGCUGGGACACAUGGAGGACCAGUCACAUGAGGGUCUGUACCAGCUGGGAGGUCCACGCUGUGCCCCUCAGAGCAGCAUUGAAGGAGUGGACGAUACAGAGAGAAAAUGUAAGACCCAUGUGCUAAUACUUGUGGUGCAUGGGGGAAACAUCUUGGACACAGCGGGCGGAGAUCCCAGCACAAAAGCUGGCGAUGUGGCAACGUUGGCCUCGGUGCUCGACAAGGUUACGCGGGCGCAUUUCCAAGCUGCUGCCGAACACGUGAUGAUCAAGCUGGUGCCAUGUCCAGCUGUAUGUGCUGAAGCCUUCUCUCUGGUGUCCAAUCUUAACCCGUACAGCUAUGAUGAGAGCUGUGUGUCCAGCAGCGUAGACCACCUGCCUCUUGCUGCCCUUCCCCUCCUCGCCAUUGUCUCUCCACGCUACCAGGAUGCUGUGGCGACCGUCAUUGACCGAGCCAACCAAGUCUAUCGCAGUUUCCUGCAGUCAGAAGACGGUCAAGGGUUCAGCGGUCAGGUUUGCCUGAUGGGCGACUGUGUGGGUGGUGUGCUGUGCUUUGACGCUUUGUGCUUCAGCAACCACCAGAGGCCUGGCAGCCCCAACAACAGCAGCAGGAACAAUAGCACUGAGAGCCUGAAGGAUAACUCAGGCCUGCUGGGGGAGUCCAGCUCGGGUUUGAGCUCUAGCAAGAGGCUGAGCAAAAGCAACAUUGACAUCUCCGCUCCCAACGAAGGCCAGGGCGGCCCACCACUCAGCCGUAAACAGAGCGACUCUUAUGAUGGAGACACCUCGUCCACUGGCCAGCACAGCUUUUUCUCCAGUUUGAUGAAGGAGGGAACGGAGGUGCGUGGCGGCAGUAGUACUAGUCUGGUGUUGAACCCAGGCAGGUUUGACUUUGAGGUAUCGGACUGCUUCCUGCUGGGCUGCCCGCUGGGCCUAGUGUUGGCCAUGAGACGCACUGUGCUGCCUGCUGUUCAGGUGAGCCAGCUUCGUCCAGCCUGCUCUCAGAUUUUCAACCUGUUUUACCCCUCGGAUCCUUCAGCUUCUAGACUGGAGCCGCUACUGCAGCCUCUCUUCCACAAGUUGCCACCAUUUGCUGUGCCACGCUACCAACGCUACCCUCUUGGAGAUGGACGUUCGGUGCUCAUAGCAGACAGUAUCCAAAGUCAUCCAAAUGUGUUUUUGGAAGGUGAGCAAACUCACGGAGGGCUGACUUCACAGCAGUCCUCUGAGACCGACACUGAAGGAGGAGGAGGAGGAGAAGAGGGGGGGCGUAGAGCCAGUGUGACCAGUGUGGAAAGUGAAAUGUCGAUUUGCUCCAUGGGCCAACUUGGAAACACCAUCGCUAACAUUUCCAGUAGUUGGUGGGGCUCCAAGAGGCUGGACUAUGCUCUGUACUGCCCUGAUGUGCUGACUGCGUUUCCAACAGUGGCUCUGCCUCACCUUUUUCACGCCUCCUACUGGGAGUCCACUGACGUGGCAGCUUUUGUUCUUCGGCAGCUCAUGCGAUGUGACUGCAUAAAGACACAGGAAGCAGACAACUUGGACUCGGCUCCCUUUUCACCCUCUGGUCCCCGCGAGAAGUGGCUUAGAAGGAGGACACAUGUCAAACUAAGGAACGUCACAGCAAACCACAGGGUGAAUGAUGUCAUUGCCACCGAGGAUGGACCCCAGACUCUGGUUGGUCGCUUCAUGUAUGGCCCCUUGGAUAUGGUCACUCUGACUGGAGAAAAGGUGGAUAUCCUGCUCAUGACACAGCCUCAGUCGGGCCGCUGGGUGCACUUUGACACAGAGGUGACCAACAGCAGUGGCAGAGUCACAUACACCAUACCUAAGACCAAGAAGCUUGGCCUAGGAGUAUAUCCCAUUAAAAUGGUAGUCAAGGGGGAUCAGACUAGUGCAGAGGCCUACCUGACUGUGUUACCAAGGGGCAUGGAGUGUGUGGUGUUCAGCAUUGAUGGCUCUUUUGCUGCCAGUGUGUCAAUCAUGGGCAGUGACCCCAAGGUCCGUCCUGGAGCUGUCGAUGUGGUCAGGCAUUGGCAGGACUUGGGAUAUUUGAUCAUCUACAUCACAGGCCGUCCUGAUAUGCAGAAACAGCGUGUGGUGUCCUGGCUCUCGCAGCACAAUUUCCCCCACGGGAUGAUCUUUUUUUCUGAGGGCUUAGUUCAUGACCCCCUGCGACAAAAGACCAUCUUCCUCAGGAACCUCAUCCAGGAGUGUCACAUUAAGAUCAACUCUGCCUACGGCUCCAUGAAGGACAUCUCUGUUUACAACAUGCUAGGCCUCAGCCCCUCACAAAUAUAUAUUGUUGGCCGACCUUCAAAGAAGUACCAAAAUCAGUGCCAGUUCCUGAGCGAAGGUUAUGCAGCGCACCUCUCCACUCUUCAGUUUGGGCACAGAGCCAGACCUAAGAAGUCUCCUUCAGUUCGCAUGGUCUUAAGGAAAGGUUCAUUUGGUCUCUCAGCGAAGCCUGACUUUCUGUGCAAACGAACCCACCUGCGCAGGACCAUGUCAGUCCAACAACCUGACCCCCCGUGCACACCCAACCCUAAGCCUGAGCGAGCCCAGAGCCAACCAGAAUCAGACAAGGAUCAUGGUGGUGGGGGAGGCGGAGGAGGGCAAGGGCAAGGACAAGGUGCUUGGGGACGAGCCUCCAUGCAUCGCGGAGAUACAACUCCCUGACAAGAGAAAAGAGAUGAAAGGAUUGCUGGAGGACAGAAGAGGAGAACAAAGGGGUCUUAGUGUCCAGGGCCAAGCGUCACCUCUGCCUGCUCUGUGUACUUUGGAUCCUCCUGUUCUUUACCUCCUGCUUGGCCCUGUACACUUUGCCACCUGUUCGGUCCUUUUCCUGACCUGCUCGGCGGAAAAGGUCACUCGGUCUUCUUAAAUAUGAAACAGCUGCCGAGGACGGCAGCAAUUUUUGUCAAUGUUUGUGUCAAGCUUCAGUUGUGUCUCACUGUCAAACCUAAGAAUGUAAUUAAAAGUGUUACUAUACACACAUAUUUAUGAACACACACAUGCUCCAGAGGAUGAAAAACGAUAAUGGUGGCUACCUUGAAGCUAUCAUGACCCUUGUCCAGCCUAAGCAGCUGAUUAACAGAUGCUGCACGUACCACGGUCCUAUUCAGACUGCUGUGCUGAGAAGUGGUCAUGCUGAAUGACUUCUGCACUGACUCUCCACUGAUGUAAAUACUCAACACACAUUAUCCCUGUGUGGGCCUCUGGACACAGAAGCACUGUGACAUUUCGGUUCAAUCUCUGCAAUCCAGAGCGCCAAACACCCAACCUCUCUGAACUCCUGCCUCUGCCUCUAUUUUAUUCCCACUGUUGGAUGUUUCCCCUCACGUUGUGGUUGGCUUAGUACUAGUUCAACCCCACCCCCAUCCCCCACUGCCCUCCCCUUCAACCAGUCAGGCAGAACAUGCCAUCUGACAGCUGCCUCAGACCUGGUCCGCAGCCGCUGAAGUACUGUGGUGUGCACGGCUCGGCCCCCGAGGUUGCAUUUGCACUACACAGCAGUGGCUCUCGAUUUAGCUGCAGUUCGAGCUUCAGAAACAAAGAGAGGCAUUUUGGUGUACUUUUUGUCACUGCUUGUUGGUUACUGUAACUACUGAACGACUGAAUAAAUAGUUCAUAGCAAAGAGUUCAUUUUACCGAAAAUGUUUACUGAUUGAUAGACACAGCCGUGAAAAGGUGAUCAAAACAUGUUUGCCUAAAUCAUUACAGUGAAAGCAUAAUUAGCAUGGCAAGUAUUGAUUGGUAGUUGACUGGUAGUUGCAGUGCACUUUUUCAGGGUUUAAAUACCUCCACACUCUCCGCGGUCAAAUUCAGAAUUUUAACUAGUUAUAUAUUUGCUGCUUAAAUAUUUCAACAUUGCUUCUUCAUGUCACUAAAAAGUAACACGACAAAGAACGUGGAAAAACAACUUUUAUCUCAAACAUGUUUUAUCAUUUGCACUGUGUCAUUCUCACUUUGGAUAGCAUCAAACUAUACAAGACAUGCAGACUUAGUAAUCAUGGUAAUAAGUGCUAAAAGUGACAAGAUUAUAUAAAUUAUUAUGUAUAGAAUUUGUUAUAUCUGAAUUAAAAAAAAACCUUUAAAUAUGUCCUCUUAUUUUCAAAUAUUCUUACAAGUUGUGGAACAAAAAACAUCAGUGCGUUGGUGUAACUAACUGACUUAUAAAGUCUGUAACUGCUUUUCAAGUAGAGGUCACUGCAGAACACAAAUGGGCCACAACCGCUGGGCAUUCCCCAGCUGUUAGGCAAUGUUGGAUUCGAGUUAGUUAGAGACAACGUGUGUGGCUCCAGCCAACCACAACAAAUGCUCAUGGUACAGCCACUUCAGUUGAUAAGUGCACACAUUGUGCUGUGCUGAGUCUCAUUCUUUUAUCUGAAAGUGUACAAAUUAAACCGAGUCCUCUCUGAAAUAUUUAAUCCCAGUAUUUCAAUACAAUGUUUGCUGUGUAGCUCGCAGAACUACUGUAUAAUAGACACAAUCCCUGCCGAUUCUACCAGGAUGCUCUUGUGUCCAUUUAUUAGCUGCCCUGGAACCAAUAGAUUUGUGAUAAAAUCAGAUGCCGUCUUGUGCACUUGAGAUUGAAUUGAGUCUUAUUGUGGUCAUGUUUAAAAAUCUGUGCAAGUUGAACAUAUUUUUCUAUGAGCAAAUAUUGUAAAUAGAAAUAUUUUCGAUGUAUGUUUUUGAAUUUUUGGUUGUUUUACUUGUAGAAUUCUUGAUUUUUGCCUUAAACUGUAUUUGAUGUUGUGUAGGAAUACAAAAUAAUUUGUUUUGUCAAAGUAUUGAGUUUUAUUGUUACUUCAUGACAAAGUGCAUUCUAUCUAGUUGAUCAGAUACAGUAUAUGUGUGUGUGUGUGUGUGGAUGUGUGUAUGAGUGUGUGAGUUUAGAGGCAUUUGUUGUAUAGUUGUACUUAUUGAGAACAUGAAGACAGCUAUGAUAAGUAAACGCCUCUGCAGAGAAAAAUCAGACCAGUGUUAAUAUAUCUGCACGAUCCAACUGCAGCUCAAUACUGCCGAUUUUUCAGAAGGGAGCAUGUAUUUUUAUAAUGCUGAGAUUAAGCAGGGCAUCAGGGGGAUACUUGGUUGAGGUUUUUAAUGCCUACCUUGAAAGAAAAAGGGCAUAUGAGCUCUUUGGGUGUCUUGUUUUAACUUAAAACCUGCAUAGAGCGGAACACGAAAGCCAGGUUGGAUCUAUCUUUGACUCCUCUGCCUUUGACGGUCCAUUAGUUGAUUAAGUAAUCACUAAUAAGUAUGUAUGAUUCCCUGUAGUUCAGCCCCGUAAUUACAGUGCACCAAUUAGCAUUACCUGGUAACUGUAUAUUAUCCCAGAUACAAUGCUGAAUUACUCAGUUUUGUUUUGUAUUUAAACAGUUCAUGUUAAAGCAUACCAAUCAUUCCAGUCAAUGUGCACACAGUAAUCAAAGUGUACAAAACAUACAUUUUAUUUUGAUGUACAGAGGAUAUACUGAAGGAUAUACUGAAAAUCUAGUUGGAAUUUCACCACAACAGUGUUAGUAAAUGGCAAAUAAUAAUCUAAUGGUUAAAUGGUGGCUGUUCUGUGUAUGAGACUGAUUGGAUGCUGUAAGCAAUAACUAUCAGUUGCCACGUUUGAGGUAACACAAACAUGACAAUGUCAUGUAACAGCAAAGUAUUUAAUGUUAAAAGGUGGGAAAUGAUGAUUCGUGGACAUGCUGUAAUGAUACUACACAGUGAGCAAGAUCCAAAUCAGUAAAUUUAUGAUAAAGAUCUAAAGAGUGAAAAUACUCUUACCUGUAUGGUCCAUACUCUCAUGGACAGAGAAUAAAGAGUGAAGUUAGUUUCCAUUUUUCCAAUAAAAUGUUAAACAAUCUUUAGUUAAUUAAAAAAAAUGUUCCCAUAUGUGAGAAAAAACACAAAAGAGGGAGCCUCAUAUUACUAACCUCUCACUAAGUGCUAAUUAAUGCUGUCAAAUUAGUAUUCUCCAAAUUAUGUGUUGGGUACUGACCUAAUUUGCCAUUUAUUAACAAUUUGUAUGACUAUAGUCAGUUAUUCAACUUGGUGUUACAGCUUCUUUUAAAGAAAAUAGCUCUUAUUUAUUCUGAAGUCUUAGUUUUUUACACUGCCCUCUUGACCAAAGAGAGGGGAAAAAAGCUCCUGGUUUCAGUGCUGCAAAGUUUGUUGUUUUGUACAUAUCCCCUGUGAUGAUGAUGAACAUGUUAUUGUGUUUACUGGACUAAGUCCAUCUUUCAUUAGUGCAUAAAUAAAGAUAUUUCACAGUGGAAGAAUUUAGCUUUGCUGCAGGAGUGUCUUAUUAUAUAUUCCACAUCCCCCUUAUCUCUGGAGACGGAGGGUGAAUCACCUCCGAUAAGCUUCUUCAAGGUCAGGUGCUUUACUGAAGGGCAUCAGAGCUGAGUGCAGAUCUUAUUAUCGCUUAUUUUAGAUUUGUAAGGCUUGCUGCAAGUCAAACUUUUAAAUCUUAUUCAAACUUAUUUUUGUUAACUUUCUAAACAACAUGAAUCAGUGUAAUUCAGCCUACAUCAUGCUUAAUACUUAUGCAAUACUCGCAUUGAUAGUAGUAAGCUGUGGACCUUAUUCUACCCCACACAAUAGUUACAUAUUACUCCAGCUUAGUCAAUAAUUUGCUGACUUUGAGUUUGAAUAUUCAGUGACAAUUUUUACACUGUGGCAGAUUUUGUUGACUGCAUCUAAAGCUGAACUUUUUUUUUGUCAAUAUUUAUAUUUAUCUUUUCCUUUUAUUAUUUUUUUAAACAAAUCAGCAAUAGCACAGAACAAGGAAAUACAGAAAUACAGAGAAAAAACAGGAUAAGGUGAAAUUAACAGGAUAAAAGGAGAAUUUUUAUUGUAUUUCGAAUGGAAGACAAGCAGCACGUCUGACAACAAUAGCCACAACAUCUUGUAUAGACACAAUAUAAAUAUGUAACACAGAAACACACACACUCACACAGAGCAUAUUAUUUUUUUCCCAUUCAAAAAUGUUAAAACACGAUUCCAGGAUUUCUCAAAUUUAUUAUGUCUGUUAUUGUUGAGAAGUCUUACGCUCUCCAGAUGUUACACAUUUGCUAUUUCUCCCUUCCAGAACUCAAAAGCAGUCCUUUUUUCCGCUACUGUAGUAUUAAAUUUUUUGCUAUGAUAUUCCAAACAGAAUUGCAAAUACUUCACAGUAACAGCAAAACAAUGCUUUUCCAAUA